AUGCAGGAGACUGUGGGGGAUGAUGAGAAGGUGAAUGAUGAGACUGAUGGGAAGAAAGACGAUGUAAUGGAGGACAAUGAGAAGGAUGAAAGAAAAGACAACGAUGAGAAGGUCGAUGAUGAUGAGAAGGUGGAGGAUGAACGAAAAGACAACGAUGCGAAGGUGGAGGACGUAAAGAUGGAGGUUGAGGCGAAAGUGGAGGACGGUGAGAAGCUGGAUGGUGUGGCUAAGGUGGAUGAUGUGGAGGUUGAUUUGAAACUGAAGGUGAAGGAUUUGAAAGUGAAGGUGAAGGAUGAGAAGACUGUGAGGGAUGUGAAGGCACAGACAAAUGAUGACAAUGAUGACAAUGACGAUUUCCAGUUAUACAAUACUCCUCCUAAAGGAAAUUAUGGGAGGAGAGUGAGGAAGCCGAAAAAAGAUGACUCGUACACCAACCCUUCCUUGUCAAAAAUGCCCAAGACAAAGGAUCCUAUGAAAGUGAAUCACCUUCAAAAAUUUGAAGAUGAGCUGCUGGAUAAAGUAAAGGCGUGGUUGGAUGAUCCAGAAACCGAUAAUUUGACAACUGAUUUACAUACUUGCCAAGCAAAGAAGGAAGUGUUGGUUAGAGUUGUAACAAGUGCUCGUGCACGUCGUCGAGCUCAUAGUGGAUUUCGAACGAACUUCGCCGCCGAGAUCUCCGACGAGUUCGCCGCCGCCGCCGCCGGAGUUUAG